CCAGUGCCACCUCCCCAAAAUACUUGCUUCUCGCACUCCACACAUUCCCGAUUGGCACUCCAUUUACCCACUCAGCGAGCAGGAGUUUUGGCUCUCUCAUCCAAAGGACAAUAGCCGCGGGGGAGGAGGGAAGAACUGAGGACGUUGCACUCGAUAUCGGUGUUAAAUAAGAGGGAAUUAAGCAUAAUGGACAAGCCACACCUCCUGAACUUCGGCUCUGAUGGAGGAGGAGUAGGAGGAGGUGGAGGAGGAGGCCCAGUGGGAGGAGGAGUGGUUGCCGGAGGAGGAGGAGACUACACGCAGAUUGCCAGUUCGGAUUCCGACGACUCCCGCUCCAGCAUCUCGCGUUCGGAUGAAAACGAGACGGUUCCUUGCAUCAUCUACACGUCGGACGAUUCGGCGGAUGUGGGCCAGUCCGACAGUACCUGUUGUAUUGACUCCGAAGGGAUGGACUACAUUGCUCAUAAUGUGCAUCAGAUCCAAGAUGACGAAGGUUCUAGGCGUUUAUUGCUCGAUUCUGGAUGUCCGAGCCCUCAGCCGUCACCCCAGGCAGACCCUAUGUUCUCGUCCUCCCAUCCACUAGCUGCUAUAACGUUCAGUACAGGCUCUGAUCCUGAACUUGGUGUAGGAGCGGACCUGGGGUUGCAAGAGAACACCGGCACAAAAAUCAUUCCGCCCGGAUCCCAGCUGGUGGUUGGAAACAAUGACUGUAAUUUUGAAAGGAGCACCAGCGUCUCCUCAGAUUCCUCAGGGUCCUCUCCUGAAGUACAGGUGCCUCUUCUGCCCGAGUAUCAUCAGCUGCCGAACUUCACUGAUUUUCCAGAGAUUCAGUAUGAGCCCCUUACAGAUGGUGCCAACAUCGCCAACAAGAAACUGCAUGAUCCUCUUGACAUAUUUGUGGAUGUUUUGGAAAUCGUAAACAAGAUUCAGCCACAUCUCGGCCGCUGCAUGGUAGGUGACGACGUACACAUCAGCGCCAAGUACAAGGAGUCCUUCUACGUCAAGUGGAACUGGAGCCGAAUCCGUCACUCCUGCGUCCUCUUAAACAUGUCAGUCCUGAUAUGUCUCUUGUGCGUCGGCAUUGGGCUUCUUAUUCAGAUGCCAAAAGGUUCGGAGUGCAACCCGUCUCACAUGUGGUGGCAGGGGUCAGUCAUGUACGAGAUAUAUGUCCCGAGCUUCCAAGACACAGACAAUGACGGUAUUGGUGAUCUGACAGGUGUCUUGAAUCGGAUUGACUAUCUAAAGAACAUAGGUAUCAAGGCAAUCAGGCUGAACUCAGUCCUGGAAACAAGGGACUACCUACACAGCCACACCCCCAUCACCAACUACACUGCUGUUGAUCCAAUGUUUGGAAGCAACAAGGAUCUCCACCUCCUGGCCGCUGUACUCCACGAGAAGAACAUGUACCUGCUGAUGGACAUUCCUCUCACCUCUAAAACCAACCCUAAGUUAGGAGCUGACACAAAUCACACAGUUACACCAGUGAGUGAGACGAACAUCAGGCAAUUGCCUCUCUCACACAUCUCAGAAGUUUUACAUUACUGGUUAUCCCUUGGAGUUGAUGGUUUCUUUUUCCCAGACAUCACUAAGUUUAUGAAUGAUCCUGAGCUUCUGAAUGCCAUGCACGAGUGGCGGAAUACCCUUGACCACUUUAGUCAUGGCAUAGAGCACAGGGUUAUGAUGGUGCCACUUGAAUUCCUCUCUAGCCUCAAGAUGUCAAACUUGAUGCAUCUUGAUCGUGUCUUGGAUCUUGUGGACUUGAUUGAUGCUCCAGUGGAUCUCACAGGGUCAGUCCAGACCAUACCAGACGUCCUCAACGCCACCACUGCCUGGGAUGCUCACGCCUCCCUCCCCUGGAUCAACUGGAACAUGGGGGGCAUCGGGAGGGAGCGUGUCAGCGACCUCACGCACAAUCACCCUCUUGGCAGGACCUUCCUCUUGCUCUUCUUCCCAGGGACCAUAACUCUUUACUAUGGAGAUGAAAUUGGGCUCUCAGAAGCAUCAAAGGACAAUGGAUGGUCAUCUAUUAUGCAAUGGAAUGAAAAGGUUAAUGCAGGAUUCAGCUCUGCAAAACCUUGGCAAAGUCUGAGCAAAGGUUGGGAGGAGGGUAAUGUCGAUGCUCAGAAUAAUACAAUUGCUGCACUCAAAGCAAUGGUCACUGCUCGACAAGAAAAGGUCCCUAUGUACAUCAAUGGAAUCUUCGACUAUAAGGGUGACUAUCAUCCAACUAAGACUUCAAAUUACAGGGUCCGCUAUGCUGAUGCAGACCUUAUUGUCAUUGACCGCUUCUUUCCCCGACGGAACCAGUUCGCGGUCGUGGCAAACCUCGGGCAGAAUAUCCUCACCAAAGACCUAUCCCACCUGUAUUUCGGAGGCUCGGUUUUAGCCUCUUCGCACGGCCACUCGGGAUAUGUCAAGUUCCGCAGUAUCACCCUUCAACCUGGGGAGGCACUAGUGUGUAUAUUAGACUUAUAGUUACCAUUGCUGAUUAUUUAUAUAGUUCAGGUUGAAUUUCUAUUUUGAAGUUUAUUAUCUGAAGAUGUAUAUUUAAUGAAAAUAAAAACCUACCAUGGUAGGUAGUUUUAUGUUAUGUUACGAUGGUUAUGUCAGAGUUCUUAGAUAUGAUAUGUGUAUUAGUCUUUAAUGAAGCAGUUUUGUAAGGCUUCCGUACUUGAAGAGUACAUGUGAUAUAUUAUUUAGUAUAUCUUAGGCUUCAGUUAAUGGUAUGAAAAGGUAGAGUGGAAUAGUCUAAGAGGGGACUCUGCAGGUGCUAAUAUACACUGAAAUUUGGCUUUGGGAAGAAAUGGUGUUAUAUAUUAAUUCUCUUUAUUUAAUGAUGUAUGAUUCUUUCAACAUCUCAGUCUGGGAUUUGAAAGCCAUAAGUAUUUCUAGUCAAUUUAGGUGUUAAUUCUGACAAGAUCUCUUAUAUUACUCAUGAUGAUAAUUAAAAGAUUGGAAAGAUAAAAGUGUUAGAUCCCAACAUCUUAGAUUGUUCCUAUAUGUGUUUGGAACUUCAAAGUUAGUAUGAACAACAAAAAGCAAUCACUAAUCUUUGGAAAUGCAAGCCUUAACUCAGGCUUUGAAAGCAUAUGUAUUGAAGAUACCGUUAGACUUUUAAAUAUCAGUAUUAUUAUCAUCUUUUCUUCCCCUUUUUUCUUCAUCUAAAGUGGUAACAGUGUGCUAAGCCACCCAGGUUCGAGGCUCUUGGGUGCCAUGUGUUAUUAAGUUCCUGAUUAUUCCAAGUAUACAGGGAGAUGGCGACCUAUAGAGUUUACCUGUAGAUUGUGGUUAUGUAUCGUUUAUCAUGGGUUUCCUUUAUUUAUUAUUUAUUUUUUUGUGAUAACUACAUCAUUGCGUACUAAAAUAGUAAUUCACUCAGUGAGGUUAUAGUCAAGUCAAAGAAGAUACUUGUUUUGAAGUUUUUUUUAUAAAUGUCACACACACUCAUGCUUUUUUUUAAUAACCAGAAUCUUGUUUAAACUUGGUGGUUGAAAUUACAACCACCUUACACAUAAAAUUUAUGGGAAACAUUACCAUCACAUUAAAAAUCAAUAUUGAUGAUGUGGCAUCUAUAGGUGACUGUAUUUAUAGGAAUUGAUAAGAUCCAGUUUCCGAUUCUCUUUUUAAAAACUCUCUUCAAUUCAUUACAGUGAAUCCUCAUAUGAUAAAUCUGUCUUCAUAGUUGCAUGACUUAUUCAAGCUCAUCACAAACUGGUAAAUAGUCAUUAUUUGUUAUUUAUGAAGGAGUACUAAUGAAUGGACACUUGUACAAAGGUUAUUAUGAUAUAUAAAGAUAUUUGGUAUUUCCUUCUAUAUUUACCUGUCACAAUCAGGUGUGGACUGCUAACUGGAAGAACCACUUUAGCAUAUCUCUUACCUCUGGGUCUUAGUCAUGAUAUUGUGUCUUGUGCACAUUUUAGCCCUGACAAUCUCAUCUUUUCAGUGUCUUAUGCAGCAGAAUGCAUUAACAGAUUCAAUUUAGACUUAAAUUUUGCCAUAUUUUAAAAAAAUAUGAGAAAUAUGUAUGCAAAUGACACUUUUUUUUUUAAUAUAUGGCAUCUUAAAGCUCUAUAUUUGAGAAGGAUGGUCACAGACACUACAGGAACCUUGAAGAUGCAUUCUGUGUUGUUGGACUAAAAGAGGGUUUAGGGUAUUUGCACCAAACAAAGUAUUAAUUAAAAUAUGGCUCACCAUAAUAGCUGAAUCAAGAAAUAAAGUGAAAAAGACAGCCUUUCUUCUUGUUAUAUAUAUAGCCAGUGCAUUAUCCUAGAGCUGUGGAGAGAGAAAAGUGUGUCAAUGAUAUGAAGUUGUAAAAUAUAUCAAGCAUAAUCAGUUCCAUCUUUAUGCAAGCCCUAGUUAUUUAUGAAAAAAAUAGCAAAGAGUUAUAUACUAAGGCAUUAUAAGAACUGUUGUUGCAGUUUGUUCAUAAAUCUUGACUCAAUAUUUUACUGAAAUCUUUUUAAACUGCUGUGUAGUCUUCUGGAUAUGGUUAAUCAAAGUAGAGGGCAAUCUUAUACUGUAUGAUUUCAUAUUGAUGAUUCUUUUAUAUGCUUAUAAAUCUUUGUGAUAAUAUCUAAUGAUUUAUGUGUUUUAUAUUUUUAAAAGAACAAUUAUAAAAUUACCAGUAUUAGAUCUUCAUACAUUUAAAUGAGUGAGUAUCAGUCCUUGUUGUGACCAAGAUAAUCAUUCGAGUUACAAAACCUUUUAAGCUUCAGACAGCCCACUCCCAGCCAAUUAGCAAGCCCAGUUUUUAUAUAAAGAUAUUGUCCUUAUUAGAACUUGAAAACUCAGCUUCAACAAAUUUGUACAGUUCAGGACUAAAUACAAAACUCAUCUUGUAGUAUUUCAUUGCAAACAAAUUAGCAUGUUGAUAGAAUAUGAGCAAAAAGAAGAGAAGGGACUCCUUACAAAGAAAUUGAUGUUACUGAAGGACCUAUACUAUUGUGCCUGAAAAUGUUUAGUGUUACUAAUGAUGAGCUUUCAUUCCCUUAUUUGUUAAGUUGAAGUUUCAAAGUAUCUAUGAGUUGAGUAAGCAGUGUACCCUGGGUGGAUAAGACAUUGUUCCAUGUUUUGCAAUAUCCACUAUCAAACAGAGUGCAUGCUGUUUGUAUGAUGAGUCAAUACUUCAUUGUUUUUUUUGACAGUGCAUGGGGUGGGUUGCUAUUUAAGUUGGCUGAACUUUAACCCAUUGCCACCGGGGAUGGCAUGUACGUACAUGCCAUGCCCACUGUGAGUCGACUUGUUCGAUUGUUUUUACACAUAGAUGGCUACACUUGUACUAAGUAUCCAAUGAGCCAAUUACAGUACUGCCUGUCUCGCCCGUUCACCCUUUUCAUUGAUUUACGAAAAUAUUUAACGUUAUCCUAAUUUGCAGUUAAAAAUAACACCAUCUAUAUUUAUAGCACUAGUAAAAAUGCGUUUUUUCCCGCCAAUUCAAGGAAAGGUGAAUCAGGACUAGCAGAGCCAUCUAUGGACAGAGAUAUUUCACAAAAAUAUAAAAAAUGAGUACUGCAUUUCCCCCAUUUUUUGUUCAUUUUCCCCGGCGGCAAUGGGUUAAAUCAACAAUAUUUUAUUAUUUUUACUAACUGAUUACUUUAUCUUUAGUGUAAUGCUUUUUAAUGCCAAUGUGUAAGUUAUAAAAAGAGUACUUUUUGUAAAAAUUCAAGUAAGAAAUAUUCAACCAUAAAAAGUAUUAAUGGUUAAACUUUUUGCAAUUGCUGGCAGUUUUAUUUAUAGUUCACAGCUAGGACUGAUAAGUAUAGGAGAAAGCACUUUUUACAAAGAGGAGUAAAGAGUGAAGGCAAAAUGCAUGUUAGUGUAUAGUGUACACUAGAUAGAAAUUUUCAGUAGUAUUCAAAGGGUGCAAAGUGUGUCUCCCUUAAGAUAGUUAGCUGUGUUACAGAAGGAGGAUAGCUUUAUAAAAAGAAGUUCAUGUGAAGGAUGUAAAGUUUGCAAAAAGAAGGUACAUUGAUUUGCAGUUUUUGAUAGUCUGUUGAUGAAAUUUAAUGUCCAAAUCUGUCCACUAGAAGUAUAUGUCAGACUUUGAAGAGCAUAUACACAAAUGAGUCUUUUCUGUCCGUCCUUAAUGUAUUAAAUUGUCGUAUCCAACACUCCUUUUCUCACUAGGAUGCUAUUUGCAUUUCAAUUCGGAAACAGCUUUCGUUUUCUCCUGAUAUCUCUCGACGUCACCUGGCACAGAUUCAGUUGUCUUUGAGUGAAAACAGCUCAAGAUUGAAGCAACACCUGCAAGAUGGUUGAAAAUGCUCAACUCUAAAAAAGAGACUAGGAAUUAUUUUCUUGUCAACAGUAUUUACUGUACUUGCUCUCAGGUAUGAAAAAGUACUUCAAACUGUACCUUAAUUUCAAUAAAUAUGAGAAUAUGU